AAAAUAAAAGCUAUGGCAAAGUACACUACUUUUCUCGCCCUCCUCCUUUGCCUCUUCCUUGUUGCUGCAACUGAAAUACAAAUGGCAGAAGGCAAAUACUGUUGGAAAAAAAGUGACAAGUGGAAUGGACCUUGCCAAUACUCUUACAAAUGUAGUCAUCAUUGCAAGUACUACUAUGGAGCUAAAUAUGGUAUUUGUAAGAAGUACAAACCAUGGGGUCACAAAUAUUACUGGGCAAAAUAUGCUUGCUACUGCUACUCACCUUGCCACUAUUAAGAAUCUUUUAGUGUCUC